AUGGCAGACGAAGGACCACUCCAGCCUAUGCUUCCGCCGCUCGGCAAACCCAGUGCUGCGGCGGCGAAAAAGAAAUCUACAAUCAUCCAGUUCAAUAUAUUGAAAGAUCAACUCUCUAUGACAACAUGGUUACUGCUAGGGGCGGUGAUCCAAGGCCUGGCAGUACUGACCUUACCUGCUUUCUACGCAAUUCUUCCAGCUAUCCUCCUUCUUUCGUACCGAGUUCUCGAUAAUCUGCUUAUGACGGCUGGUCUGAAAAAGAAUCGCUUCAUGGAUAAUGUCAUCAUGGGAAAAUUCACGGGGCAAAUCCCAAACACAGAUGGCGUGUAUUCCAGCGAGCCAGCCGACGAGAAUGUGGUCUCUUUUCAGUUGAUCACACGAUCAAACCAUCCUCUAGGUGUUUUGGCGCCUGGGGCUCGCGAGAUUAAUGCACUGGCACAAAACAUGUUCCGCCAGUUGGCCGAGGAAAGGGAAACAUACGGAUUCCUUGGCUCAAAGACCUGGGUGGGAACAGAUGAACGUUCCGGCGGAAAUCAUAUUAUGACAAUGAUGUAUUUCCGUACCCUGGAAGGUGUCCAUCGCUUUGCACAUGGGCCGCUCCACACUGAUACGUGGAAUUGGUGGAACGCCAAAGGUAAAAAGUAUGGAUAUCUUUCUAUUGCACAUGAGCUGUAUUCGUCGCCGAGGAAUCAGUGGGAGAACAUUUAUAUCAACUCGGAACUUAUGGGUCUCCCGGGAACCAUGGUGAAGGUGAAGAAGAUGCACAAGGAAGGCAAAGAGGAUGGGUGGGAGUAUGUGAACCCAGUUAUCGAUGCACGGAAGGGAAAGUUGGCAAGACAAUAUGGAAGAGUGAAUCGCAGUUACGAGAAUAUUGGUACAGAUGUUGACUACAAUUAUUGA